AUUUAACUUUGUGAUCGUGGUUUUUUAUUUAAAUUUUGCCCCAAAAAAGAAGAAAAAAAAAAAAAAAACCAGUGUGAGAGAUAUUGAAUCAAAGUUGAAGAAGAAGAGAAAUUGUGUGAGUGUGUGAUAACAAAAAACGAAGCUCCGAAAAAAUCUAUCGUUUUAGAUUUUGAUCCUAUAAACGACAUCAUCGCCAACUGAAUCGGUGUCGUUUUGAAUCUUCACUCAAUAACUCUCAAUCACUUAGAUUCAAUUCAAAUAUUGGAGAUUGAUCUGAUGUCCUCUGCACCUAUCCAUCCACGUGCAGUAGUAAUGCUGAACAGAUACCUCUCAUUCUUAUUGCAUGCCAUUUCAGUUUUUAGCAUGUAAGAGCGCCUGUUUGAUUUGUCACACCAAGUUGGCUAAGGCAUAUUCAAAUUCAAGUUUGGCAAUUUAAAUUUAUUGAAUGAGAGCAUUUAUAUGUUACAUUAUCAUUGGAGUUGAAGGGAGAAGUUUUGUUGGAAAAAAAAAGCACCUGAAUAAAGUUGUUGGAUGCACUUUGAAGUUCGAUUGAGGAUAGGGGAUUGCUACCAACCUGAAAGAAUUAUUACCUUGAGCUGAUAUCUUCUGUACAUAAAUAUUUAAGUAUAAAGGAUUUGGUAUAAUGGUAUAAGAAGAAAAAUGGAGACUAUUUCAGAAAAACGAUAUCCUCUCAGCGCAAAAGAUUACAAGUUAUAUGAAGAGGUCGGGGAAGGUGUUAGUGCCUCGGUACAUAGGGCUCUCUGCGUUCCUCUCAAUGAGAUUGUUGCCAUCAAGGUUCUCGAUCUUGAGAAGUGCAAUAACGAUUUGGAUGGAAUUCGGAGAGAGGUACAGACCAUGAACUUGAUUAAUCAUUCAAAUCUUUUACGGGCAUAUUGCUCUUUUACUGCUGGACACAGUCUUUGGGUUGUGAUGCCAUACAUGGCUGGGGGCUCUUGCCUUCAUAUAAUGAAAUCUUCAUUUCCUGAGGGUUUUGAAGAGCCUGUUAUUGCAACUGUAUUGCGUGAGGUUCUCAAAGCUCUUGUUUAUCUCCAUGCCCAUGGACACAUACAUAGGGAUGUUAAGGCUGGGAAUAUUUUGCUUGAUUCUAAUGGUGCAGUCAAACUGGCUGACUUUGGAGUGUCUGCAUGUAUGUUUGAUUCUGGAGAUAGGCAGCGUUCAAGAAACACUUUUGUUGGAACACCUUGCUGGAUGGCUCCCGAAGUUAUGCAGCAACUGCAUGGAUAUGAUUUUAAAGCAGAUAUAUGGUCAUUUGGUAUAACAGCACUUGAACUUGCUCAUGGUCAUGCUCCAUUUUCAAAGUAUCCACCAAUGAAAGUUUUGCUUAUGACUUUGCAGAAUGCCCCUCCAAGUCUUAAUUAUGAAAGAGACAAGAGAUUUUCAAAGUCUUUCAAAGAGUUAGUUGCCACCUGCUUAGUGAAAGACCCAAAGAAGCGUCCAAGUGCAGAAAAGCUUUUAAAGCACCACUUCUUUAAACAUGCACGUGGCAUUGAAUAUCUAGGUCGCACCAUUCUUGAUGGCCUUGCUCCAUUAGGAGAUCGUUUUAGAAUGCUGAAGGCUAAAGAGGCAGAUUUAUUGAUGCAGAACAAGGCUGUUUAUGAGGAUAUGGAGCAAUUAUCUCAGAAAGAAUAUAUCCGAGGAAUUAGUGCUUGGAAUUUUAACCUGGAAGAUUUAAAAAGUCAAGCUGCAUUAAUUCAAGAUGCUGACAUGCCAAAUGCAGAAGAGCCAGAUACAAAUGAGAAGAAAAAAGACAUAUCAAAUGACUUAAAGGCUCCAGCAGAGGAGCUAUCUACUUCAGAUGGUGCGUCCACACAGGACAAGGAGGAUGGAUUCAACAAUCUUCAGGAUUUGGAGAGUUCACUUGCUUCGUUUCCUAUAAAACCUCUUCAAGCACUCAAAGGUUGUUUUGAUGUCUGUGAUGAUGAUGUCAAUAAUACCAGUCCAAGAGAUUUGGAUCACAAUUAUGGAAGAACUGAUAAUGGAAAUUCUGGGACAAGUAGUCUGUCGCCUCAAAAUGCUAUAACUCAGCCUAAGAAGUUUUGGAGUGGCUCUUUACAACCUGAUAAUUUUUUUCACAAAAAGAUUACUGAUGGGGACAGGGAUUAUCUACAAACAAAAUAUUCUUCCGAGCGGAAUCACAGUGGUCCAUUGUUAUAUCGGCAGAGGAGAGAUGUCAACAACCUUCCAUUGGUUGAUGAUACAUCAGAAGGAGCAAUUGUCCAGCGUAAGGGGCGGUUUAAGGUCACAUCAGCAGAUCCCAGUUCAAUGGGUCUUUCAAACAACUCUUCUGGCCCAGUUGCAGUAACUCCUCCUACCAGUCCCCCAAAUCAGAACUUCAUGUCUGCUUCUAUUCUUCCAUCACUGCAGUGCAUCUUGCAACAGAAUGGCUUGCAGAGAGAAGAAAUUAUUAAAUUGAUAAAGUAUGCAGAGCAAUCUUAUGGUAAGAAUACAGAAUCAAUAGAGGCAGGAGCAGUUGAUCCUUUGCAGGCACCACCUGUAACAAAUAGAGAGCGAGAGCUGUAUUUGCAGGUGGUUCAACUCCAACAGAGUAUUGGGAGCCUUGCUGAGGAAUUGCAGAGACAAAAGAUGAAAAAUGUUCAGUUAGAGAGGCAGCUGAACAGUAUGGCCAACAAAGUUGAAAAGUGAAGAACAAAACGAUGAGCGUUAUCGCGUGGUUUGAUUAAUCUUGGACAACACCUGACAUUCAGUGAUAACAUUCAAGGAUGGAUUGCUAGCUACAUACUUGACGGAUGGGGGCAUUUCUCAGUUAAUAUUAUUACCAUAUGUGAACUUCUGUUUGCGGCAGACACCAAUUUUUGAGAUGCUAUUCCUUGAGUCACCUGUAAAAUAUAAUUUAUUUGACAAGAUAAUCAGAUCAUGUAAUUAUGACUCUUUCUCUCUCUCCCUCCCUCCCUUUCUUUCUCUCUCUCUCUCAGAAUAAUUAACCUUGAGAAUUCUGAUUAAUGCAUAUAUAGCAAGUUUCUUGGCUCAUUAAUGCA